AUGGAACAGGAAGAGUUAAGUGAUUCUGAUGAAGAAAUUGGGGAAAAUGUAGAGUUUGACUGUGAAGAGAUGCCGACUCUGAAGGAGAGGAAGGAUCUGAUUCUGAUCAGAACUUCAACAUACAAAAUAAGGUACCUUGUGGCAAAAGUUGCCACAGAUGCAGAUAUUAAUCAUUCACAAAGUGAACCAAGUAUGAAUGGCACUUUAGAAGGCAACGCCUGUGGGCCCUCAGAAGGCAGCAAAAUUACAUUGGGUUUGACAGACCAAGAGAAGGAUAACCCGUGGAGUUCUUUAUGCUUGGAUCUGAAUUCAUGCCCUCCAGGUUCUCUGCCUACGAAGCCCAACCUUGCAAUGCGUAGAUAUUGUUGUCCUGGCCAACUCCAGGCUCCAUCUCAUUCCAACCGAUGUUGCACGAAUACCACACAAAAUACAAAACAUGGUACACUGCAGAAGCAUGCUGUAGGGAUGCCACAACCGCCCUGUUUCAGUUCUGCUGCUGUUUCUCCAUCGAGGAAACCACGAAAAUGUGCAUGCAUAACUGAUUCUAGUUUAAAUACUGGCCGAGCCAAAAGGAGUGAUUUGAAUGUGAAUACUGAUACAACUGAAGAAAGUUUGAACCGUAACAAAAAUGAUGAAUUUGGUUAGUUGUAGCUCUGUUUGUGCAUGUUAGGUUUAAGUGAUGGCCCUAAAUUGGUUGUUGGAUGUGCUAUGCUGCAUAUCAAAUCUCAGGGAGCCAAGUUGGUGGGAAAAAAAGCAAUCUGUUGUGAACUUUUCCAGCUACUAACGAGGCUUCAAAGGGAAUGUGUGCCUUUUUUGUAUCUAUUGUUCAUAGGUGGUGUAAAUUUAUGUCUUCAUGUUUUAUAUUCCCGAUUAAGUUCGGAGGAGUAGUUGGUUCAAACUUACAAUAUUGUGAGUUUCUUACUAGGCAUCUAAAAGCAUCUGUUGGUGGCUGAUUGGAGAGAAGGCUAACUGCCUAAUCAACAAGUCUUAUCUGGUAUACGAAGAAAAAAUCACAAACAAAUAUCUGCAUCUGAUGGGGAUUCAAAAAACUAGU